AUGGCAAACCACCCUUCACUCGACUUUCUCCUUGACGGCGGACUAAUCCCUUCUUUACCUACAAAUGGUAAAGUGGGACAUCAAGAACUGAUGGGUAUGAGUAUGGGAAUCAAACGUUCUACUCCUAAUUUUCCUGCUCAACCUGCGAUACCACCUAAUCAUCCGGUGAGAUCUCCUCCUCAGCCUGUUUAUGGAUUACCAUAUAUACCCAAUAACCUUCCUCCUCGGGUCAUAUCGAACCAACCAUACACCCAACAAGUUGUGAUCACUAGGAGUUCUUCAGAGGGCAAGAAACCUAAUGUACAUGGAUUGGGUCAUGAUCACUACAUCAGUAGAACGCCGCAUAGGCACGGGAAGAAUCAUUCUAUCUCCAAUAUUCUUCGGUCCCAACCCCGUCCUGAUUUUCAACCAGCUCAUUCUGGACAGUUGCAUGAGGACGUAUCAGUUCGAAGAAGUUUAUCAUUCAACCAAAUCCAAAUACCCCAAUCACUUAUUCCAGGUGGUGAAGCCAAAUUACAUCAUUCGAUAUCUGAUUCAGCUGUUCAUUCAAAUUCACAUACUCAUAAACGAUCAAUAUCAACUUCGACAACUCAUCCUGCAACUUACUCUGACAAUCCUUCUAGUGGGAUAUAUUUAGGUAGUAGUGGGGAUGAAGAGGUGAUUAAGCAUUUAUUGGAUACAUUAAAUUCGUUGAUACCGAAAGAAAGAGCUUUAGAUAACAUCCCAGAUGGAAAGGGGGUGUUGAAUCCUUUGAAUUUGUUAAUUCCACUUUCAAUCAUACUAGAAGCGUUAGUCAAUGAACGAACUAUCCUGAAAGAUGAAUCAUCAAUGGUCAGUGAAAGUAAGUUACCAUUAUUGUCUGAUGGGGUAAGUGUGGUGCUGGAAGGAGGUGAAGUGAAUUGGAAUAUAUUGAAUUGGUAUAUAACUUCUUUCGGUCAACUUUUGAAUGGUUUAAUACCUUUCCUCACCAUCACAGGUGAUUUACAUAACCAGAAACAGGAUCAAGAGAUAUUAGAAGAUUUGAUGAGAUCGAUCAAAGUGUAUAUAACAAAGACGAAGAAGGUUUUCGGCGAGAUAGCCUCAUUGUAUGUUGAUAGAUAUUCUUUCGUGAGAGGGUGGUGGGAUGAGGAGGGGAUGAAAGGAUCUGCGGGGGAGGUAGGUAGAUGGGCGGAGAUGUUUGAUAUUUGA